GCAUGCGGAACGGGUAAGCAUGGCCUGGCUGCGUGUUCGGCCUACCGCACCAUGACUGUGCCUGUUCGCUGGGAUGUUGUGCGCCAGGCUAAGCUCUGCUACCAGUGUCUUGGUCCCCAUCUGCUGCGUGCUUGCCACAGCACCCGAUGCCCAUGGUGUGGUGGCCCGCAUCACUCGUCAUUGCACCCACCGCCAGGAGAGCAUGCAGCCCUCAUGCCUACUGAGAGAUGUGUACCUGAUCGCGGACCUCUGUCACCCCCUGCCGCUGCUGCUGUGUCUGAGAGUCGCAUGCCUGAUCGCAGACCAUUGCCGCCCCCUGCUGCUGCUGGUACUUUUUCUGCCAACCAGGGACGGAUGUGCAUGGGCGUGCGGAGCCAGCAGCACUGCUACGUGCAGACGGCGCUCGUGGAGGUGGCUGGUCCUCGGGGCGUGCGUCUAGUACGCGCGCUGAUUGACGGCGGGGCAGACGCCUCCUUCAUCCGGGCUUCACUGGCUGACCAGCUGGGACUCGAGAAGGUCGGCCAGGGGACCUUCGCGUGCGUCGGAUUCAAGGAGAGAGUUGAGGAGGCUCACCAGUACGACCAAGUAAGCGCGCGGCUCACUGGAUACCAGAAAGGUGAGGCCGAGCUUGUGUUCUGGAGAACUGAUAAGCUGUGCGCGCCCGUGGGAGCUCCACCACCCAUUCAGUCUCUGCCCCCAAGUGUAGAGCUUGCUGAUGACUUCCGUGACGGACCUGUUGAUGUUCUAAUUGGGUGUGAUCAGCUGUACAAGGUGGUGUUGUGGAACCAGGUGGAGGUGAAUCCUGGCCUCCGCCUGGUGGAGACUGUGUUCGGGUAUGUGCUCCACGGACAGUCCCCAGGCCAGCAGACGACCCGGCAGCGGCACGCCUACCGCUGUCAGCUGGUUGACGUCGAGCGAAUGUGGACGCUGGACGCUGUGGGAGUCGCCGCAGAGGAGACCGCCGAGAGAGACCCACCUGUACCGACUUGGAACGCCACCGAGAACAGGUAUGAGAUGGGGCUAGUAUGGAAGUCCGACCAGCGCCCAGUGUCUAACCUGAUGUUAUCGAAGACCCGGACUCACCGUAUGACAGAGAAGUUGAAUGUUGAACAGUUCCAGGAGUACGAUGACCACCUGCAUCAGCUGCUGGAAGACGCUGUCAUCGAGCCCGCGCUGCCGAGUCCGCCAUCAGAGUUCAUCUUACCGCACCGAGGACUGCACCGCAACGGCAAACUGCGAGUGGUGUUCGAUGGAUCAGCGCCAGACGGUGCAGGUAUGAGCCUGAACUCCUACCUUGAGCCGGGAGAGAACCUGCUGCAUCGUUUACCAGCUGUGCUACUUAACUUCCGUUCAGGAGCCGUGGGUUGUCAGACGGACAUUCGUGCAGCUUUCCAUCAGAUUGUACUCACUGAGGAGGACCGUCAGUUCGUGCAGCUGCUGUGGGCGGGCCAGCGGCUGAGGUUUCGCAGGGUCCCGUUUGGACUCACCUGUUCGCCCUACAUGCUGCUGUGCACUAUCGCUGAGCACGUCCGCCGGUGUCUGCGCGAUGAACCUGUUCUGUUGCAGAAGGUUCAGGAUUCCGUCUACAUGGACGACAUGUGCCCGUCCUUCAGUACGAGGGCGGAGGCGGAGGUCGGACUGACGAAGAUGGGUGACGUCUUCAGCGAGGCCUCCAUGGAUCUUCACAAUACCAGGAUGUCUGGUGACGACACUGAGGACGAGAAGGUGCUCGGCCUACUGUGGAGCACAAGAUCGGAUCGUCUGGCCGUGACCGUGCCACAGGUGACCUGCCCUGGCACCCGGACUGAGCUGCUAUCUGCUGUGAGUAGACCGUUUGAUCCGCUCGGCGUGGUGACGCCGUGGCUGAUCUGGGGGAAGGCCCUGUUUCAACGUACCUGGCUUGACGCUCAAUGCACAUGGGAUAGUCCCCUGAGUGGGGAGCUGCAGACCGAGGUCCGAGCCUGGUGGAGAGACUCGCCGGGGAGGGUGAUCUGGUUCCCUCGCCUAGCCGGAGCGCGUGACGAUCAGUCCGGAGCGACUUUUCACGUGUUUUGUGACGCGUCUCGGACCGCCUACUGCGCGGUGGUGUAUGUGGUCCAGGGUGGGGAGCCUGCCCUGGUGAUGUCGAAGAGUAGGCUGGCCCCCCUGUCUCCACAUCUAACGAUCCCCAGGCUGGAGCUGAUGGCCGCUGUUGUUGGAGCCAGGUUGAUGGACUUCAUCAAGAACGCGCUGCAUCUGGAGAGCGCAACAGUCACCUACUGGUCCGACUCGACCGACGUGCUUCACUGGCUCAACCGGAGGCGGCCUCUCAAGAUGUUCGUGGAGAACCGGGUGAAGACUGUGCUUCAGUUGACGACCGCCGACCAGUGGAGGUACGUCAGAGGCUCUGAUAACCCCGCUGACAUAGGCACGAGAGGGGUAACGCUGACCUCACUCAUCGCCUGUGACAAGUGGUGGAAGGGUCCACCAUUUGAUUUGAGUCCGCCUGACUAUGAUGCCUCGUCAGUGCUACUGACACCUCCCUCAGCAGAAGCCGAAGCAGAGACGAGGCCCGAGGUCAGACGUCAGAUCGUGGCCGUGAGACGAGAGUGUGGCCCUGAUCCGAUUCCAGACGUCAUGCGUGGACCGUUUGAUGUGACUCGGUGUUCUCAUCUCAAGCAGGCAGUGAACCGCACCGCGUGGAUUCUUCGUUUCGCGCACAACGCCAGGCACCAGCGCACUGAGAGGAGGAGUGGAGCGCUGUCACCCGAGGAGCGCCGGGAGGCGCUGCGGUUCUGGAUCCGGGUCUCGCAGAGUGCCGCCUACGCGCCGGAGCUGGAGGCGCUGACGGCUGGCGCGCCGCUGCCACCCAACUCGCGACUCGAGAAGGUCAGACCUCGUCUAAACGCAGAUGGUGUCCUGGAAGCUGUCACGCGAACUCACGAACCUGCUCUGAUCAUUCUGCCUGAGUUUGCCCAUCUGACCACCUUGAUAGUGGAUGAUGCACACCGUAAAUCGUUUCACCAGGGUACCCGCACCACACUGGCACUGCUGUCUGGUGAAUACUGUGUGAGGAGACGAACUGUUCAUCGUGUAGUCAGUACAUGCUUCAGGUGCCGGAGGUACCGAGGUGCGCCGUACCGGUCAGCUGAUGGCGCGCUGCCCCUGUUCAGGACGGAGCCCAGCCGUCCGUUCAGCCGGGUCGGUGUGGACUUUUUCGGUCCGAUGUACGUCAAGGGCGGCGACAAGGUGACGACGACGUGCUGACGCCCGCGCACCUGUUGUUCGGGGUCACGUCCAUCCGUGGCGUGCUCUCUCCGUCUGGCCACGAGCUGGACAGCCUGAGUCGGCGCUGGCGGCACCAGCGGCUGGUCAGCGAGCACCUGGUUCAGCGAUGGACCAAAGAGUACCUGCAGGCUCUACGCACGUGGAGCUUCUCUCGGCGCGGCCGUCCGGUUCGGCUGCCCGAGGUCGGAGAGAUUGUGCUGGUGCACGCGGAAGGUCCGCGUGGUCGCUGGCCUCUGGCGCGCGUGGUGUCCCUCCUGUCUGGAGCGGACGGCCGCGCUCGCGCGGCGAGUAUCGUGCUAAGAGGGCGACUUACCCGCCGCCCGAUUAACAAACUGUUGAGACUAGAGGCGUCGGAGUGAAGUGAGCGUCGGCGAGGCGAGUGCCGAAAAAGUGACUGUGUGCCGAGUGAGGAGAGACUUUUCGAAGUGACGGCUCACUUCGAAAGUGGGGAGUAUGUCGCUAUUCGUUACUGCCCUGUGACCUUUUUUCUCCUCAUGUUACCGUACCGUAUUUGUUUUCCAUCGUUACUGUGUUGUAUCCUACCUUUCCUUUACGCCCCGUCAUUUUAUUUUACUCAUGGCAGCCCAUUUGGUAACCCCUGCAUCCUUCACGAAUAUUUUUCCUAACCGCGCCGAUUUCGCUUUGUUGUCGUAUUUCGUUCUGAGUUCUGUCGCCACCGCCGCCGUGUGAGGUUGUGUACCGCCAGUGUGCUAUCUGCUGCCACCACCGCCACCAAUAUAAUUGAAGUGCUCAUAUAU